AUGCCGCUCAGCGUGCUACGCGCCGGCGUGACCUCGCGAGACCCGCAUCGGUCAUUUUCUGUGCCGUGCCAGCGAUUCGUAUCGUUGCGGCACGCUCCAGGCACAGUGCUCUCCGGAUGUGCUCUUGUGCUCUCACAGCCUAAAAGCCGCAGCGACAAAGCGCAGCGACAAAUGUUGUUACGCGUCGCGGCGCUGCUCGCCGCGGUUGCUGCGAAAUUACCCUGGCAGAAUACCGACUCACCGCGCGCGGCCGCGCGCCGCGCCUUCUCGACGCUCCAGGACGGCUGGUCCGCGACCUACGUGCCAUCCAAGAACGCAUCAUUUAUCCCGAGGACAAAGGCAUCGGAGACCUGGUUCUCCGUCGUGGCCGCGACGGACGCCGAGGAAUUGAGGCUCCUGCCUCAUUUGUUAAAACACUACGCCUGGAUUCCGCCGUCCCGGUUUGUGGUCGUCCUCCACGCGCCGAAACGGACGGCAACUUAUAGAGAAAUGGCGCAUCAUGUCGAAGCGUUUGGAGCCAUGGGCCACGUCCGCUGGGCGUCGCCCUACUCCGGCGCGCACAAGGAAGCCGUGAGACGUUUUGCGUUUGCGCGGUUGCUGCAAAGCAAACAGAUGAAAUUCGGGGACUGGGUCGUCCACGCGGACUCCGAUGAAUUCGUGGUCUUUCCUGAUAGAUCUUUUGAGGAGGUGCUGUCGCGAGCCGGAAAAGCCGACGUGGUUGGUGGUAUGUGGACCGAUAGGGUCGCGGACCAGGGGGCGUUGGCACCCAUACCAGAACAAGAUCUGUGGGAGGCGUUCCCGCUGAACUGCGCGUUUCGGAGAAAACCGAAGGUCGUGGCCUACAAGUUGCCGCGCCUGGUCACGGACGGCGCGCACGCGCCGCUUGGGAAGGAUGCGGUCUUCGCUUCCGAUAGAGGAAUAGUGUACCACUUCAAGUGGCAUUCGCAUGUCUUGGAGCGAUUGAAGGAGCGCGUCGAGGUUAAAAAACGGCCGCGCCAAUUCGGCGGGCGGGGGAAACAAGGAGCGGCGCAUUUGGUGGAGGCCCUGCGCGCCUAUUUAGUUGAUCACGACGGCAUUUGCGUCUCAUGCAAAGACAUGCGCGCCGUCUGCUGCCGCGCGCCGUGCGACGUUGAUUCGUUGCGGCCCUACGAGGCGUUCCUGCGGACGGACCCGUCGAAGCCUCAUUAUUUCGCGUUUGGCAUCUUGUUGCUGUUGUGUGGUUGUUGUUACGCGUACCUUCGGCGUCGCGCUGCGUAA